AGAGGGUUCAUCAGACCCUGGUAUUGACCUCACAGGUUUCUUGGUAAUAUAGAUGAAUCUGGACACUUGGAAAAUGAUGUGUUAGAUAAUAAAUCAAAGAGACGUCUUGCAUCGCUCAGCAGACUUGGCUUGAGUUCCAUUCUAAAAGAGGUGAUAGAUGUGGAACGAGCGAAAGUGAAGAGCGAGAGUAACUCGGAGGAGGACAAAGAGCAGGAGUCAUGCCCACAGCAAGAAACGUCUGAACCCAACAGAGAUGCAAAUAUUACACGCCACGAUCCUCUGAGUCUUCAUUGCGACUUAAGGUGGGUGGCGGCAACCUGAUUCAGCACUUGACCCCUGUGGUAGAGCUCCGUGCGCCUUUCAUCCAGUAAGACUUCAUAACUCCCAUCGUUCACCCAUGAAGAGGUUCUCCGAUGGUAUUCUUGCACAUCCUGGACCUCAUCCAGUGCUUCUGCUUCUCAAACAUAUCAAGAAAAAGGCAAAGCAACGAGCAGCAUCAGGGUGUGGUGAUGUCUUCUUCAUGAGGACUGCUGAAGAUCUUACAGGACAGGAUGGAGAUUUGGUUCUGAUUGAGUUCUGUGAAGAACAUCCACCGCUUAUAAAUCAAGUGAACUUUCAUUGGUUGGAAUGUGCUGCAAAAUAAAGAACUAUUAUAAGAGACAGGCCGGCAAGAAUCAGGGACCACAAGAGUACCAAUAUGGACAAGUGGCAUAUGCGCACACCUCUCCUUUUCUGGGUCACUUGUCGCCUGGGCAGUCAUUGCAAGCAGUAGAGAACAUGUAUCGAGCCCCCAUAUAUGAGCAUAAUGUUCCGGAUACUGACUUCCUGGUCAUCAGGACGAAGUUUGGAAGUGAGAUUGUCUUUCCAUGUUAUUGUUUAUUUGCUUAUAGAAAUAAAAACCAAGAAAUAAAAAGAACUAAAAUAUUGGAGGGAUUUAGAGAUUUGCCUCAAAGGACAAAUUUAUUAAAUGAUACAGUACUAUGGUAUAGGCACAUUUUAAGAAUUGCACAGAACCAGAAUUCUAAAAAAGAUUUUGAAGUGAAGCUAAAAAGAAAUCUCUCAAGAGGAAGAUGAUGGGGGGAAUUUGGGGAGAGUGAGGAGCUUGGGGAAGGUGGGAGUAGAUGGAGAGAUUAGGUUGCUAUCUGGCCCAUAUAAAAACAUAAACAUUGAAGGAAGAAAAUUUAUUUUUUGUUUAUUUAACAGCGCUGUCAGUAGUAGACUGUACAGCAUUGAAUGGUAGGAUAGGUAGUGAAUAAUGAAUUGGAAUGGACAUGAAAGGAAGUGGAGGUGGCAUAAUGUAAGACACUAUCCUGGUAUUUGCCUGGAAGGACUGAGGAAAGCCAUGAAAACCUGUCUCUGGGCCAUGGUUUGACUUCUGAAAUAUAAUGCAGGAAUGCAACCCAUUCAACUGUUAGGUUUUCUUUCUCAUUUUAUAUUGCCUUACUUCAAGGAAACUCUCACAGUGAUCUAGUCGUAAUAUGCUUGCCAUUGGACCCAAGGUUUGUGGGUUCAAACCAUGCCAAUGGCGAUAAAAAUUAGUAAUACAACUUCCUUCAGAAUGGAACUAAAGUCAGGGGUUGGUAUUUACAGCAUGUAAAAGAACUUUUUACUCAUAAGAGAUGAGUGAGGGAAAAAUCAAACACCUGUUUUGGUUGCCCACAAAAUCUGCUGCUGUGGUCCCUCAACUGCGGAGACCUCUAGCGGACAAGCAUUGGAAGAACAGAGAAUGACGGUGUUCGAGAGCAGGGUGCUGAAGAGAAUAUUUGGACCUGAGAGGAAUAAAGUGAU